AAGUGAAGGAGGCAGCCCGAGAGCCGGUCCAUUCCCGUGGAAACCACGAGUCCUUUAGCACAGGCAGCUAGCUCUCCCUACUUUCCUGAGGGAUUUCUUUUGUGUGACUUGGAGAGGGGCUCAUGAAUGAUUUCUGAACGUGUGCCUCGCUCAGGCAAGCCGCACAGGGAGGGAGUAACCCAGCCGAGUGGGGGCAGAGCCAGCAAACACAGACCGCGCAGGGCUGGAAGUGGCUCUACUCUUGCAUGCAGUUUUUGAAGUCAGCAAAACAGAAAUCAAAUUACUCUAUUAUGCCUGUGGACACUCAAGAAGAAGGGACUCUACCCUGGCUUAAUUACCAUGGGAGAUGCAGCAAGUCACAGAACAGCAAAGUAUGUCUCAUGUGUGGACCCUGAAGACAAAUGUAAGUUCUCACGCUGCUGUAUUUUAUUUCUGUGUUAAUUUUCUUUCUGGCUUGAAAUCACGCUUGGCCAAAACGUUAUCAUUUCAGUGAGAAUUUCUAGUGUGGAAAGUUGUUGGCUAAUCUUUGCUUAAGACUUUUCUUCUUCUAUUAACUAAGCAUAAUGCAAAUGGAAAUUCCCGACAGCAACUAUGGCAAUUCAGCCUAGAGACUGAGAACUCUAACCCCAAGUACAUCCAAUUACUAUGGGAUUAACACUGGAUGUAUUUUUAAUUGACUUUCUUCAUGUAGAAUGCAUACCACCCCACUGUUUUUGGAUUGCAUGCUGCUUUAAUACCGCUGUGGCUAAACUACUGUGAUCGACAUAACCAACAGAAUGAGAUAGAGCCUAAUGAGAUUCCUGGUAAUUACAAAACUUUUCUUUUCUGGCCAGGAUCACAUUUUUCCUCCCUGAAUGCUCAAAACUCUGCAACUGCUAGGUUAAAAAGUUCAUUCUGCUUUUUCUGAUCUUGCUUUGAAGAAAAAAGAAAGAAACUAAGCAAGACUCCACUAACACCAUGAAGGAAGGAGAUACAAAGAGCCACUGCAGUUCAGCUCCCAUUGUAAUAAUGAGAGAAAAAAGGCGACCAAAGGAGCUCAGCAUGUAUACCGGCUUCAGUGUGACCAAGCGUGGGGACAGAAAGAUGGAUGGCGAGCUGAGGCUAUAACUUGUUAGUUUUUCUUUACUUCAUCUGCUACAAAUUCCGGCUUAGAAAUGGAUAUUCUUUUUGAGGAAAAUGCUUCUUUGAGCUCAACUACAAACUCCUUAAUGCAAUUAAAUGAGGACCCAAGGCUCUACAUCAAUGACUUUAACUCCGGAGAAGUUAACACUUCAGACGCAUUUAACUGGACAGUGGACUCGGAAAAUCGAACCAACCUUUCCUGUGAGGGCUGUCUCUCACCAUCAUGCUUCUCCUUACUUCAUCUCCAGGAAAAAAACUGGUCUGCUUUGUUGACAGCUGUAGUGAUUAUUCUAACCAUUGCUGGAAACAUACUCGUCAUCAUGGCAGUGUCCCUAGAGAAAAAGCUGCAGAACGCCACCAACUAUUUCCUGAUGUCACUUGCCAUAGCCGAUAUGCUGCUGGGUUUCCUUGUCAUGCCCGUGUCCAUGCUAACCAUCCUGUAUGGUUACCGGUGGCCUCUGCCUAGCAAGCUCUGUGCGGUCUGGAUUUACCUGGACGUGCUCUUCUCCACGGCUUCCAUCAUGCACCUCUGUGCCAUCUCACUAGACCGCUACGUUGCCAUCCAGAACCCCAUCCAUCAUAGCCGAUUCAACUCCAGAACAAAGGCCUUUCUGAAAAUAAUUGCUGUUUGGACCAUAUCAGUGGGUAUAUCUAUGCCAAUACCAGUCUUCGGCCUACAGGAUGAUUCCAAGGUCUUUAAGGAAGGGAGUUGCUUACUUGCGGACGAUAACUUUGUCCUGAUAGGCUCUUUCGUGUCAUUCUUCAUUCCCUUAACCAUCAUGGUGAUCACCUACUUUCUAACUAUCAAGUCACUCCAGAAAGAAGCUACUUUGUGUGUGAGUGAUCUUGGCACACGGGCCAAACUGUCGUCUUUCAGCUUCCUCCCUCAGAGUUCCCUGUCUUCGGAAAAGCUCUUCCAACGAUCGAUCCACAGGGAGCCAGGGUCCUAUGGCAGGAGGACUAUGCAGUCCAUCAGCAACGAGCAAAAAGCUUGCAAGGUGCUGGGCAUUGUCUUCUUUCUGUUCGUGGUGAUGUGGUGCCCAUUCUUCAUCACGAACAUAAUGGCUGUCAUCUGCAAAGAGUCCUGCAAUGAGGAUAUCAUCGGAGCCCUGCUCAACGUGUUCGUUUGGAUCGGUUACCUCUCCUCAGCAGUCAACCCACUGGUAUACACACUGUUCAACAAGACCUACAGGUCAGCCUUUUCCCGGUAUAUUCAGUGUCAGUACAAGGAAAAUAAAAAACCACUGCAGUUAAUUUUAGUGAACACUAUACCAGCCUUGGCCUACAAAUCUAGUCAACUCCAAAUGGGACAAAAGAAGAAUUCAAAGAAAGAUGCCAAGAGCACAGAUAAUGACUACAGUAUGGUUGCUCUAGGAAAACAACAUUCAGAAGAUGCUCCCACAGACAAUAUUAACACAGUGAAUGAAAAGGUUAGCUGUGUGUGAUAGACUAGUUGCCAUAGCAACCACAGGGGGCACACUUGGCAAAUUUUCACCUAUUCUGGGGAAAGAAAAGAAAACAGGGAGACUGGAAAAAAAAUUAGGCCAGUCUAGCAGAACCAACAAUAAUAUUUAUAUGCCUCAUUUUAUUCCGUCAAUGAAAAAAAAAAAAGCAGGGUUAAAUGAUACAAAAUGUGCACUUCAAAAAUGUUCUGACAGCAUUUCAGCUGUGAGCUUUAUGAUAUUUUUAACAUUGUAAAUGAUAUGUCUUUAAAAUAAUUAGCUUUUAUCGUAUAAUUAUAAUGAGGCCAUAAAUAAGUCUAAAUUACCUUCUAUUUCAAGUGGAAACGUUGCUACUCUGUUAAUUGAUGGCAUGAGUUGGUUACCUGUUGCUGUAAAUAACAAUAGCUAUAAAUAGUGAAAAUUGGUUGAAUAUAAUAUAAUGACCUCUUAAAGAAAGAUCUUCUUUAAAACUUACUAUGCUACAUAUUUUGAACAACAAAAAAAGACACUAAGGACAGUGUUAUGAAAUCUGUAUUGCUAAGAUAAUUAAAUGAAAUACUUGAUGACUUUUUCAUUCCUGCUUUUUCAUAGAUGUCAUUUGGAAAUAUUCACAAAGUUGCUGGCAUUUGCUGCAUUUCAAGCUAAUUCUUCUCAGAAGUGAAAAAGUUUUAAAAUGUUAUUUAAGAACUACUGCUGCUUUCUCUUCUACUCUUUGUGCUUUAUUCUGAAUCUCCAAUGUGGUCUUGUUUAGUGUUUGUUCUACUAGGUAAACUAUCAAAAGGAUAAAUUUAACAUUACCAAAUACGUUUCUAGAAAUUGCUUCUCCUCAACAGCACCAUAGCAGUGUUUGGUAACUCGCUCUUUGAUGACUGCACCGUGCAUGCACGCCUUUGAGCAGUAAGCAGUAUUGAUGUAACUGGGUCAAGAUUGAGGAAUAAACUCGGGUUUUUGGCUACUGACAGCAGAAGCUUAG